GCUCAACCAUUCCACCACACCGUUAAUUAAUACCCUCCCUACUUAUUAUCAGUACUCUCUCCCUCCAUUCCGAAAAUUCCCGUCAUGUCGAACUACACAGUCGAGUCCACCACAGUGGAGACCAGCGACGGAGCGGCCAAGCUCCACGCCCGGUUCUUCAAGCCAAAAGAAGCGGAAGCCAAAGCAGGCGGCGGCGGGGAUGACUUGGUGAUUGUGCUCGUGCACCCAUUCACGGUUUUGGGCGGCUGCCAAGCUCUACUGAAAGGGAUGGCAAUUCGGUUGGCCGAGAGAGGGUAUAAAGCUGUGACCUUCGAUAUGAGAGGAGCUGGGAGAUCGACGGGACGGGCUUCCCUUACUGGGUUCGCUGAAAUCAAGGAUGUGAUCGCCGUCUGCAAGUGGGUUUGUGAGAAUCUGGGCACCCGAAGGAUUCUCUUGGUGGGUUCCUCUGCAGGUUCACCAAUUGCUGGGUCUUCCGUUGAUCAGAUCGAGGAAGUUGUCGGCUAUGUAAGCAUAGGGUACCCUUUCGGAAUGCUUGCCUCCGUGCUAUUUGGGAGGCAUCACAAGGCCAUCCUACAGUCUACGAAACCAAAGCUCUUCAUUAUGGGAACACAGGACGGGUUCACGAGCGUUAAACAGCUGCAGAACAAGUUGAAGUCUGCAGCUGGCCGAGUCGAAACCCAUCUCAUUGAAGGGGCCAGCCAUUUCCAAAUGGAAGGUCCUGCUUAUGAUGCUCAGAUGGCCAACCUCAUCCUCACUUUUGCGGCUUCUUUGUAAGUGAACAACAGAUGAUGCUACGUGGCAGUAGUCUGUGUGUUCGAUCAUGGUGGUAAAUGAUGCUUCAGGUUGCGAUUUCCAUCGCCAUGUUCUUGCUCCUUUGUGUGGCGUGGAGAAAUCUGUGAACCUCAUCAAAGCUUAACCCGUGAGACUAACGAUAAGGUAUAGUGGAGAGCAGGACAAUGGAGUAAUCUUUCAGGACUAACAAGUACAAAUCUUUCAUAGCAAUUUACACAAGGAAUUGAGUAUCCAAGUAGCAAGGACCAUAAAAUUACAAGGGGGAUUCAAAUCAAAGGUUACAUCUUCCAUUGUUGAGUACUGUAAGGAAUUAAAUAGCUAGAGCCA